ACAGUCCCAUAGCAACAGCUGAGUGGAUCUACAGUAACAGAGCUGCUAGUAAAAUAUGCGUUUGGGUGUGGAUCCAUAUUCAGAGGAACAUUUCAAACUGGGCUUUCAUUCAACUCAUAUGAAUCCUCAGGGAGCCCUGCUGAAAGACUUGAAUGUCUGAAUGAGAGCAGAAAAACAUAUUGGCGUGUGAUGAAUGAGAGGAGGAAGCAUGCGGCAGUGAUGGAGUGUGCUGCAGAUGGAAGCAUGUACGUCCACAGCGAGCAGAGGAAAAACUGUCAGUCCAAACCCUUUCAUGAGAGCACAGCGUUCACUUUGUUUCCACCAAGACCACGGUCCUAUGGGCUUUCCUCCAGAGGCUCUGAACCCCAGGGCCUGCAAGUGCAGGGAUUCUGCUGUGCCCUCCAGCAGAGGCCCAGCAGUGGGCGGGCAACACACAGGGUGACUCCACAGAGCACAGGGGGUGGAGAUGGGAGCCUGAUAAUGCUGAGCAGUCUCAAGGGAAGGCUGGAGAGCAGAGCCAAACCAGCAUCAAAGUCCAGGACUGGGAGCAGGCCUGAGAUGACCCCAUCAGGCGGAGCAGCUCCCACUGUGUGCCAUCACAGAGAUCCAGUCAGUGAAACAGCAGAAACUCCCACUCCCACCUGCAACAACGAGAUGAAAACUCAGCAUGGACAGCCCGGCGCCGCAAAGGUUUCACAACUCCAUCUGUAUCUGCCUUCAUCACUCUGUGAUGAUGAGGAGCAGGAGGCUGAGACAGAGGAGAUGAGGACUUCAGCAGAGGAGCCUUGCACUCAAGGAUCUGAUGUUGAACCAAACAAUUCAGACCAUCCUAACACAGGGCCCGGCAUCCCACAGCGCAGCACACCUUCUGAUGACAUCACACCAGAGGACAGCACAGCUGUGAUGUGAAGUAUUAGAGGACAGAACAGACUGAGCCAGUUUACCCCCAAAGAGGCCCCCAUGUGGGCAGGACAGAAAAGAGCCAUGGGAAAACAGGCUGAUAAGGUUUGCAGCUGUCCUCAGAUGGAGGCCCUAAACACGGUUAAAAACAUGGGCUCCGUAAUGAGAUGCUGGAGGGUCUACCCAAAAUAACAACACUAGGUCAAAACCUAGUAUAUGGCUGGAUUGUGCAUGUCAAUGUGCUCGUGAGGAGGUAAUUGAGGACUGUCAGCGCCUCGCUGUAAAGCUUUGUUAAUGCUCAAUGCAGUAUCCCCGUCGUGAGUGGCAAAACUGAAAAGCACGUAGGCACCACAUGCCAACAUGCACAACUGCAACAAAAGCAAAGAACUUAAAUUACAAAGUAAUUCUUUUUUUUUUGUCUCAAGGAUAUUUAAAUGAUUCAAAAGCAUGAGAUCUUAAAAAUCUACAUUUGAGUAAAUUAUUGUUUACAAGUUAUUCAACCUUCAAUUCAUUAAAAUACAUUUGUUGUUCCAAGCACUUGACUAAAGCAUAAAAGCAUCUAUAUGUGCUCAUAGCUCACAUGCCAUCUGCAGAGGCCCUAACACAGCUAAAAAAGCCUCUGGAGGACGUAAUUGAGGACUACAUGUAUUCAUUUUGAAAUUGCCAAUGGGGAAACUCCAACACUUCACUGACCAAUGGUGCAACUCCAUCACUCAGUCGGGGACAGACCUUCACAUUUCGCUGUUGGCCCCCCGUUUUGCAGCCAAAAACCCCACAUCAGAGUGUGGGAGCACAAGAAAAUAAGAUUGUGUAGAUGUGAUGCUGGGCCACAUGAGAAAACAAACUAGUAACAAGAUGCCUGUGGACAGCUGAUGUGCUACAACAACAGAAUUGACUUUUGGUAGAACUGUGUUUGUUAAAAAAAAAGAGGGGACAUCUGCAGAGACAAGAUGGGGCCACACAGGAGAGCAACCAACAAAGAAAUAUUUAACCACAGAUUAGCUGUAAAUAUAAAGAAUGUGAAAUACGGGGACUUUCAGCAAAUUUGAGCAAAGAGAUACAUUUGUUUAAAAGAUACAAUGUAUGUAUUGGAGCACGAAUCAGGGCUGUAGCUACCACUGAAGACAUCAUGUCCUCAGGCAAUGUAGUCCGUUUAUCAGCCUGUUAUAAUGUGUACAUUUUAGGUUUGAUGGUCAUAGAGUAAUGAUCAGUGACUACAGCAACUUUCAUUUUGAAAUGUAGAGCGCUGGUUUGUCAGAUGUGGUAGCGUAUAAACCACAGUUUCUUUUGUGGGUUUUUGUUUUAAAUUGAAAAAUGUUUAUAUUGUACUGUAUAAUAUGCUUUAACAUGUCUAUUGUGGAAUCACAUACAAUUAUAAAGGCCCUUACACGCCGGGACAAUGUUGGGCUUCAGUAGCCCUAGGUUUUGCAGGGUGUUCCGCAGAAUUGGCAGUCAAUGCUGUCUGCAGCUUGACCGAGGCCACUGAUUUGCUGGUAUGGAGAGUUAUUACCUGUCGUGCACAUGCAGAAUGUACGCGCUAAUUGGCUGUUUGCUGUAGUCGGUGCCAUGUGUUCUAGAGUCACUUUUUGGCCAAGACACAGGCAACGUGAGGUGACAGUCAACAGUCAGCUCUUGUCGGCGCUAGUUCUUUGACAUGGUUUGGUGCGUCAGGACCUUAAGUCUUGGUCAUCCUGGCUGCUGGUAUGUACGGUGGCCCAGAGGUGUCAGGCCAAAUACAAAAGUCACAACACAAAUACAAAAGCCACAACGGAAGUGACCUACAACGGAGAUGAAUGGUAACGGAUUUAAAAAAAAAAAUGUAUUUAACUUUUCAAAAAUACUGUAGCAUCUGCCAGGACGUGUUGAAAAGAUGACGAAGUGUUAUUCAGCAAACCAACAUUUAUUGCUGGAACAGUACAGGAUACUGUCGGCCGUAACCACGCCAAAAAUAACCAAAACAUAAAGCUAGCCGUAACUCUCUAACUGUGUCCUUAGCGCUCACCUCAGGCUCGCUCACACACACAUGCACUCGCACAGCCCUCAUCCCCGUCACACUCGCACCCCGUCCCCCUACCUACUCAUUAAAUCCCAAACAUGUCAUUAACUCUCAGAACAUUUGACAUUAUAACAGAACAAUACUGCAGGGUUGCUACAAUACUUACAAUUUCUCUUAAAGUGAACAUAUAUUGCAUUUAUACAACAAAACAUUUAUUGUCUCUUAAUUACCAAAAAAUAAAAUCUACAAGGCUUGUUAAAAAUUAUAAUAUAUUAAUAAGAUUCAAACGAAAACAAAAUAAAAAAUCUGCCACUGUUCACUUCCGUUGUAGGUCACUUCCGUUGUGGCUUUUGUAUUUGUGUUGUGGCUUUUGUAUUUGGUCUGACACCUCUGGGCCACCCUAGAUAUGGAUGUUUAUUUUUCCAUCAAAUUUAGGUAUAUUUGUUUCAUUUGCUCUAUACAUAUAUGUUUUUGUGUUACCAUGCAAGAAAAAACUAAAACGUCAUCAUCAAUAGUCAAAGUAUUUGUGGAAAGAAAGUUUUCUUAAAAGAAAAACAGGUCAAAUCAAAAAGUGACUUUUCCCAUUUUUGGUGACUUUUCAAAAGCCUUUUUUGUAUAAAGUGUAACAAAUACCUGAAAUAUCUAAAACUGAUUUAAUAUACGGUCAUAAAACACAGUGAUUUUAUGCAAAACGACAUUUCUCAUUUACUGAAGUUCACACAAUGCUGUGUACAUUUACAGAGCAGAAGCCUGUCUCUUCAGCAAACUGUAAAACAAACCAUGCUUGACACGUUGAGACUUCUUGCAGUGUUCCAGAGGUGUGCUGCUGCUUAUCGUUCACAGUGUGUCAUGUCUGCAUAGUGUCUUCCUGCUGGCCUUCUCUCAGCACAGAGGUAGCAGAUCAUACACCACACACUGUGCUCUGGAGAGAUCUGGACUCCACUGCUGGUCCGAAAAGGCCUCAGAGCGCAGGAACCUGUCAGCACAGUGGAGGGGAGAUUAAAGUCACAUAGAAAUGAAAACUGCUUGAAUCUUCAUGUGGUCUGGAAAUCCAUUUACAUCAGGAGAAAAACAAAUGUAGGUAGGAAUGCAAAAUAAAUAAAUAAUAAUCUUUUCUUAAUUCUUAAAAAUUAAAAUUGUAUCUUAGUGUCUCUUAUUUGUUUUUUAUACAUAAAAAUAAUUCCUGUUUUCA